UGUCUCACGUGCUGCACGUGACAUGAACAGAAUCAUCCAUUUCCCUCUCCUCCAGAGCUUUUGCAGCUGACUGAUUUUGCACUUCCGACGCUCUUUCUCCCUUCCAUCAAAGCAAUUCAAGCUAAGAUGGCUACGCUUAGAAAUCUGAAAAUCAAGACGAGUACUUGCAAACGCAUUUUGAAGGAAAUGCAUUCCUAUGAGAAAGAGGUUGAGAGAGAAGCUGCUAAAACAGCUGACAUGAAGGAGAAAGGAGCGGACCCUUAUGACCUUAAGCAACAGGAAAAUGUGCUGGCUGAAUCAAGGAUGAUGAUUCCUGAUUGUCACAAGCGCCUUGAAGCUGCAUUAGCUGAUCUAAAAGGGACUUUGUUCAAUUUUCAGGCUGAAUUGGAGGAGUCUGAUCAGAAGGACGGACCAGAUAUUGAGACUGCUCGAAGCACUAUUACAGAGGUUGCCCAAUUAUUUCAAGCAACAGAUGCAUAGUACGUGCCAACUAUCAAUGUAAGAGUUGGACAUAGAUAUGGAUUUGUAUGAUUCGCUUUCACAGUCGUAAACAGCUUGUAAUCAUAUGGAUUGCUUCUGUGAUGGGUUUUGGAAAUUUUUUGUGUACAAACACCAUCUCCAGCCGAAUAUGCUAGUUAAAGGUCUUACAUGAUUUUCCCUUCACAAAUAGCUGUUGGAAAAUUAAUGUUACCUUAGAUGAUGUCUAACUUUCCACAAGUUUGUUUUAACAACCAUUGUUUUUUCAA